CUGUAUUUUUUUUAGAUAUCAGGACGUGAGCACAAGUUUGCUUGGAGCUUCCCAUUGUAUUCUCGCUGCGAAACCCUAACCCUAAACCCCUGAAAAGUGUGAUUUUUUUUUUCCCCAGUUCCCAGAGGGAGAUUGACAUCAAAGAUGUCGGAAAGAGAAGAAGAUAUUGAAUCGGACGCUCCCGAGGAAUUCACGUCUGAACAGGGAUUACAUCAAGACGUGGAGAUAAGAAAAGUUCAGAGUGAAAGCAAGGCUAGGGUUGUUCGUGAAGGAAAAGAACGUCGUAGGCAAUGGGCUCAAAAGAAAACACCAAGACGACCACGAACUAAAGAAAGCAUCCAAGAUGUUGUAGAAACUGAAACGAUUGAGGAUUCCCAUGAUAAUAAAGGCAUGCUACCAACUGACAUAGUCCAACUGCUUGCAGCUCGGGAAAAGCAAGUUUUUGUAUCAGACUCUGAGGAAGAGAAGGAAGAGAAAACCAUGAAAAAAUCGACCUCAAAAAAGAAAAGGUCCAAAAGCUCUGGGCUCGAACCUGUUAUUUUGAAGGACAUUCCACCUGCUCAAUGCUUUCAGAACUCCUUGGAGUUUUUGAAGAAAAGGAAAAUGCAGGUUUCAAGGUCAUCUUCUGUUUUGAACAACUCCAAUAAAGCUCUACGCAUGCUCUCUACUUCUGGUUUGUUAAGUAUGAAAUGAUGAAUGACCAAAUAUGUCGACUCAUUCUGGAUCUGUCAUUGAUGUCUUGUUUUUCUUUUUCUUUUUCUUUUCUUUUCUCUUUCUUUUUGUUGUUAUUAGUGGUGCACAUUAGCACAAGUUUGUGCAUGAUCGACAUGGAAAAGCCAGUAUGUGCUAAUUGUUGUGCUAAUUGUUAAAUCAUAUGAAUUAACUAUUUGUGUCAAUCUUCCCAUUUCUACUA